CAAAGCAGUCAGCUCUUGAUUAGUAAGCCUACCUACGCAGAGCUACCCACAAACCAGUUAGCUAGCAUAAUUUCUCAUAUAGCCACCACAAUACAAUCUCAAUGUCCCGAUAAUUCAGACGGUUUGAUUGAGAUACUCCUAAAUGACAUGAAUGUAAUAAGCUCGGCGCUUCGGAUCGGUUGGUUGUCAAUCAAGGUCGCUUAAUGAAGAUCCAUCUCGGCUAACAGGCUAAGAAGCUAACAGCGACUUCGAUGACAUUUCAGUGACAAACGCAACAGAACAGUAGUCUGCAUGGCCAGAGUGCUGCUGAGUUAGUGUCCGGCCCGUGUGCAAGGAAGGCCGGCCGGGCCGUGGAGCACUAGAGAGGAAAAAUGGCAGCGCAGAACAGAAACUCUGUGCUGAUCCUGUCAGGUCGAGAGCGAGGAGCUCGCACGCUGGGCUCCCAGCAGCUCCUGCAGCAGCUGGUGGAAGACCGGACGCGCUGGAUGAAAUGGCAGAGCCAGAAAGUAGAGUUGCCGGAUAAUCCACGAUCAACCUUCCUGCUGGCUUUCAGUCCAGAUAGGAACCUUGUGGCCUCAACCCACGUCAACCAUAACAUCUACAUCACAGAUGUGAAAACAGGAAAGUGCCUGCACUCUUUAGUGGGCCAUCGACGCACACCUUGGUGUGUGACCUUUCACCCCACCAUCCCUGGCCUAGUUGCCUCUGGGUGCCUUGAUGGAGAAGUCCGCAUUUGGGACCUGCAUGGUGGUAGCGAGAGCUGGUUCACUGAGAGUAAUGUUGCCAUCGCUUCUCUAGCGUUCCACCCCUCAGCUCAGCUCCUGCUCAUCGCCACCAACAACGAACUUCACUUCUGGGACUGGAGCCGACCAGAACCUUUUGCUGUGGUCAAGACUGCCAGCGAGACCGAACGUGUCCGGUUGGUGAGAUUUGAUCCUCUAGGUCAUAAUCUUUUAACAGCUAUUGUGAACCCAUCCAACCAGCAGAAUGAUGAUGACUCCGAGGUCCCCAUGGACAGCAUGGAGAUGGCUUUGUUCCGCCAACGUUCUCUUUUACGCUCCCCACCUGUACGUCGGACGCCAAUCCUGCACAAUUUCCUGCACAUCUUAUCCUCUCGGUCUUCUGGAGCACAGGCUGGUGAUCAGCCCCGCCCCACUCCAGAGCCCAGAGAGCCUCCCAGCAUACCUCGGUUCCAGUACCCGGUGCGGACGGAACCGGGUGACCGCCCUGCCUUACAGGGCUGCACACAGCAUUUGGGUCUGGGCUGUCUGUGCAGUCGCUGCGCUGCCUCGCGGAACUUAUUCACACAGAAUCCGACAGGCCUCCAGCCUUCGGAUUCGCCUCAACCGCAAACUCAGUCGGGCCCCUCUGCCUUCUCGCCCACCCCUAGCCAGACCCGCACCUCCAAGGACCGACCUUCUGCUUUUAGCAGCGUGUUCAGCGGGGCUGCGGGGAACUCUGCACAUCGGGGACUCUUGCCUCUUAGGACUAUUGAUCCCUUAGGGUCACAAACACCUAGUCCUCAUGAGGCCCCUGGGCGUCUCCCUGGGGCUGAUUGGUCUGGUAGUCUGCUGAGCACGGGACAUGAACAUGGUUUAGGUGCGAUUGGGGUGGAAAGCAGCGCCAUAAGGGGUGUUGUACCCCCUCCUAGGACGAGCUCCUCUUCCAUGGACCUCCUCUCCCUGCACAGGUUCCCCGAUGGUUCCUCUUCAUCACCCAUAUACACAUCUGCUACAGAAGGGCGAGGCCUAGUGCUGCCUGGCACGGAGCCCAACCGGGGACGAGCCAACGACGGCACCAGUAGUGGCCAUCACCCCAUCUAUGACAACACCCAGCGCAACAACCCCGCCUCCAUACGCAAUGUCCUGCAGUGCAACCUGAGCCGUUACUUUAUGGAAUACGAGCGAAUGCAGGAAUUGGAGCGACCCGGUGGCAGCCGAGAGGUGCCGGGUGGACCGGGACCCAUGCAGGAGCUCCUCAACAGUGGUAUGGACACAGAACGUCCUGGGCCUUCGCACAACAGCUCAUCGCACACUGGAAACGGAGGCACGGUCGCUGGCCCCGCUCAAAACCACCCUAAUCGUUGCCGUUCGUGCCACAACCUCCUCACCUUCAACCACGACACUCAGCGCUGGGAACGUUCCGGUCAGACCUCUUCUUCUUCUUCUUCUUCACAAGACGGACCAUCAUGGCCGCUUUCAAUGCCUCCAUUUGAGGACCCAGCUCAGGCUGCACGAGUGGAGGCCCAGGCCCCUGAGAUGAGGCCCAUGGAGUUGGGCGAGGCCUCCUCUGGUCUACAGGGCCAGCAGCCUAUGGGUCUGGUGUACAAUCAGGAGACGGGGCAGUGGGAAAGUGUGUACCGCCAACCAACAGCAAGCGCUGCUUCUGAGGCAACACAAGACGCCUUAAACCCAGAGGUGCCUGUUGAUAAUCCGGACGAGGACUCACUCAGGAGGAGGUUGUUGGAAUCGUCACUGUUUCCAUUCUCUCGAUAUGAUAUGUCUGGCUCCAGAGAUCAUCCCAUAUACCCAGAUCCUGCCAGGCUGUCUCCCGCUGCUUACUAUGCUCAGAGAAUGAUCCAGUAUCUGUCUCGGAGAGAAAGCAUACGCCAGCGUUCCCUUCAGAAUCGCCUGCGGACGCUCUCAAACUCUCAAGCCGACAGCCAGUCAAACAACCCCUCCUCCAUGCCACCAGAGGCCAGUGAUGGAGACUAUGAGGACAUCGAGGAGCCCGGAGACAGGACAAGACACAGAAUGCCCCGCAACGCUCGAAUGUCAGCCCCCUCUCUUGGGCGCUUUGUCCCACGGAGGUUCCUGUUACCAGAGUACUUGCCUUACGCUGGACUCUUCCAUGAGAGGGGUCAGUCAGGCCUGGCCACUCACUCCUCCAUUAACAGAGUAUUAGCAGGUGCAUCUAUAGGUGAUGGGCAGUCAGCUGUGGCCAGUAACAUUGCCAAUACCACCUAUAGGCUGCAGUGGUGGGAUUUCACCAAGUUUGACCUUCCAGAGAUCAGUAAUGCCACUGUGAAUGUGCUCGUUCCUCACUGCAAGAUCUACAACGAUGCCAGCUGUGAUAUUUCAGCCGACGGGCAGCUGCUGGCCGUGUUCAUUCCCAGCAGCCAACGGGGUUUUGCGGAUGAAGGCAUCCUAGCCGUCUACUCCCUCGCUCCCCAUAACCUGGGAGAAAUGCUGUACACCAAGAGAUUUGGUCCAAAUGCGAUCUCUGUGAGUCUUUCACCUAUGGGCUGCUAUGUGAUGGUGGGACUGGCCUCCAGGCGGAUCCUGCUCCAUCCCACCACCGACCACAUGGUGGCACAAGUGUUUCGUCUACAGCAGCCACACGGAGGAGAGACCUCCAUUAGAAUGAUGUUUAAUGUGGUGUACCCCAUGGCUCCAGACCAGAGGAGACACGUCAGUAUUAACUCAGCCCGGUGGCUUCCAGAGCCAGGCAUGGGAUUGGCCUACGGAACCAAUAAAGGUGACCUGGUCAUCUGCAGGCCAGUUGAUUUCCGCAGUGAUGGAGACAGUCCGGCGGAUCUGAACUCGGAUUCUUUGUUUACCGUCAGCAGCAGCAGCCGAACCCGCGGAGUGGAGCGCCCAGGCACCAGCAGGUCCGGCUGGCGAUUUGACCGAGACAUGGGUCUUAUGAAUGCUAUUGGCCUGCAGCCGCGUCAGGCCGCCCCUUCUGUGACUUCACAGGGGACGCAGACACCAGUAGUGCGACUGCAGAAUGCCGAGACGCAGACAGAGAGAGAACUUCCUGCAGCCAGCCCCUUCCAGAGCGCACACACAUCCAGACACACGGUUCAGACAGCCAGCACCAGCACUGAGGGACAUGCACACUCAGAGACGACACACACACUGUCACACACACCGGUUCAGGCAACGGUUUCAGAGGGAUCGCUGAACCGGACCAACUUGCCCGCCACAUAUCACGUGGAGUCAGCCGCCGAGCCCGGCCCGGGAGAGGACGCGCUGUCUCGGAUUCGCCGCCUAAUGGCAGAAGGAGGAAUGACGGCCGUGGUCCAGCGGGAACGCAGCACUACUAUGGCCUCUAUGGGUGGCUUUGGAAACAACAUCGUGGUCAGUCAUCGGAUUCACCGUGGCUCACAGACCUCGGUCAGGACGACUCAGGUGGGAAACCCAACCUCGGAAAUGCCUGCUGGACUCGGUAUUUCCACUCUUUUUCACACUGAACCAUUGGUAGACUCAAUAGAAGCUCCUGGGCCUUCAGGCUCGAGUGGUGUCCCACUUCCAUCACAGUAUACAACUCGUUCUGAGUUUCCGAGGGCAUCUCCUAUUGUUGAGAUGGACUUGUUUGGCGAUCGUCAAGUUGAUGAUGUGCAGCACCACCCAUCCCCGAGCGGUUUGAAUAUGUCCAACCAUAGCAACAACAAUAACAAUGAACAUAGCUACAGUGAAAGCAGGAGCCGAGAUUACCCUGAUGACCUGUACGGCAGAUAGUCCUAAGUCUGGUUUUCACAGAGAUGAACAUCUCAAAACUGGUCUGCAUGGUGCUGGAGCAUUUCAUGGUGAACCCUUUGUUACACAUAGAACAUAGCAUUUAGGGCGGAGCCACUGAACUUCCCGCCUCAGUUCUGACUCCUCUCACUCUGGCCUUAUUUAGGAUUAAAAGAGUGCCAAGUUUUUCAUGGCAUCUCCCUGACCGGGAGACGUCAGCCUCACCUUUUCUGUCAAAACAACAGAUUCUCGCUUUGGGGAAGAAUCAUUAUUGCACUUGCGCUUUGCACUUAAGUUAUAAUUUUUCUUCCUUUCAAGGUUGAGUAUCAGACAUUUCAUCAUUCCAUGCGAGAAAGGGCAACAUACUUGAAUCCUUCCCCUACUGCAGUACGGAAUUACAUGGUUGUAGUUAACCACCCUUUCAAGCUCCAGGAAAAAUUAUCAGCCAAUCAAAGUGCCAGAUGAGGCUGGAAUUCCUUUGGAUCCCAUGGGGUCCGUUGUCUGCAGGACAUUUCGGUUUGAGGAACUGUAAAACAGUACAGACUCUUCACAGCUUAACACUAACUCUAACAACAUCCUCUAACAGUUUUUGCGUUCAAAUUCAGAGAUUAUGCUUGAUGUGAUUGUUUUUUGUCUGCGAUAAACGGACUUUCAGUGGUCAAGUCAUUCGGUUGAACAGUUGAUCUAGAACAACGUCUGCUUUGAAGUUCUCAGACUGGAAAGUCCCACUAAACUUCCAGAUUGCGAAUUUUAUGAUGGUUUUUAAUUUGAAUUUAUUUAUCUGUCAUUUGAAAAAUACACUUAUGAAAGCAUGUCGUCUGUAAUCGUGUAUCGGAUAAAAAAAAGCAGUUCAGGAACCCUCAAGCUGGUUCAGAUCUCUCAUCUCUGCAUGUGUGUCCAAUUCCAGAGCUUUUAUAUGAGGAGGCGGGCUGAAUGCAGAAGGCGGGGCUUAAGCAAAUUAGCAUAUAGGCUGUAGAACGCACAUGCGCACCAAGUGACGCUGAGCAGUUUUUAUUGGGUUUUUAUACAUUUGUGACCGUUAACUUGUGUUUAUGAGUCAAUUCACGUUUAUUGUUGCAAUUAAACACAAUUUUACUAAUCCUACUGAUACGAUUACCCAGAAAUACCUUAAUGUAAGGCCAUUAAAAUUAAUGUGCUAGAUCAUUUUCAUGCUUCAAACUCAACACUUUUUGCUCAAUUUAGCCAAUUCGCCAUUAACUCACCUAAAAUCAUCUGAUUGGCCAACUGUUCCAUUCUACCAAUCACAACAAUCACAACAAACUGCCCUGAUGACAGACAAUAAACUAGACAUAUCUCUAUCAUAGGUCUGGAUUAUGAUUGAUAAUCACACUUGAAUAUCCCAUAAUAGAGUAUUUCUUGGGCACUGGACACUUAGGAGAGAGACGCCCCUAUAUGCACGCACACUGCUGAAAGUCACUGAAGACGGGCACUGUCUGAAUGCGUGUAUGUGUGGAUGUGUAUGUCUGUGAGUGUGUGCCACUAAACCUAGAGUGUUUUAUUAUAAAUAAAUGUAGCAUUGUAAAUGUAGAGCUGAUAAAUCAAGGGAAAAAACAUUUAAAUCCAUAUUUCAGGGUGGGGUUUGGUUUUUUUAUGACAUACUUGCCUUGUGUGCUCUAUUGUGCUUGAUUAGAUUCUCGUGUACAAUUGGUCAACUCUAGUGAUUUGAGUUGUCAAUGCAUAUGCACAGGCCUUUCGUUAACAAGCAUUUAUAUAAUUAUCUCCCUCUGCUUUUAUUUGUGUAAAAGAUUUUAUUUUAGCUGCUUGGCUUGAAUUAGUAUCUUUUUGUUAAAAAAAAAAAAAAGCAGUCCCAAAUAGGAAUGGUUUAUGUUUUGAAGGUUUUGGAUGCAAGAUUCUGAUGGAUUGUGUUCUCAUCACAAACAAUGGCAGCUGAGGAACCUCUCAGAAACCACAUACCCUUUGGCGUUUUUUUCCAUGAGUUCAGUGCCUUGGGGAAUCUCCUCCAUACUGAACCACAAAUCCGCUCUGAGGUGCGACAAAACUAGAAUAGCUUCUACAUAAGCCUUUUGACCGUCGAGUGUUUUAGUUAUUGGUAGAAAUAUUGGUAACUCUGAAGUCUGGUUGUGUUGGCUGUCAUUUCGAUUAUUUAUUUUACCCUUUGUGUGAAUGAUAAAUGCAAUCCUGAUUUAAAAAAAAUGCUUCUAUUAUAAGAGAGAAGGACCUUUUUACAUUAUACUCCAUCAAUGACACAUCUUUUCCUGAUUUUACUCAUUUCUGACCAUAUGCACACCUUAUUUUUAUGAAGUCAUUUCAUGCAGGGUUUGUUUUAGAUUUGUAGGCCUCUCAGAUGAGAAUAGCUGACGGCGACAGAAAGUGUGACAUUUUAAAACUGUAAUUGUGUUCUUGUUGGAUGUGUGGUUAUGUAUAUGCUUUCACUGCUGGAUCGGUACUGUAGCUGAAGUCAUGAUGGUGGAAAAAAACAGAAUUCAACUUUCUCUCCUGACCAGACAAGAGGGAUGUGUUGUUAUGACUUACCAUAAAUGUGUAGUUGGUUCUUUAUUUAGUGAAAAUGAGGAUUAGGUGUUGUAAAAGAAUUUUGUGGGACACCAAAGAUCCUUUGGUAAUGACGAUUAUGAGAGUUUUAAUAAAAUGGGAAUAUGGAAAUUAA